CGAUCUAAGUCUACGCGCCUGCAAAUUUCAAAAAAUUAAGUAUUAAGUGAAAAGGCAGUGGCAGAACCAGAAGUACAUAGAGUGAGCAAGAGAUAAUGGCUGUGGACGCCAACUUCGCGUUUUUGUUCGAGAAAGUGGAAGAUCCAUGGCUUCCUCCUACAACUUGGGAAUCCAUCUCCUCUCAGAAUGGCGCUCGACUCUCCUCUUCCUAUCCGCCUAAUUCCUCUCCUACUCAGCCGUCGCCACCGCCUCUCCACCUUCCUUCCUCCGUCUCCGAGGCAAGUUUGGUGAAGUUAGCAUUAAAUGCUAUGCAAGGUGUGGAAUCAGCUCUUGUUAGUAUUCAAAAGCUUUCUUCUGCCUUUUGUACUGACCCUGCUGAUAGGUCCCACCAUCGAAUUCCAAGUCUGUGGAAUCGGUCUUCAAGUACUCAGGCAUUGGGAAAGAUUCUCAACUCCAUAGGCUGCUUGGGUUCUCUGGUUUUUCUUCUCCGUAAAUUUGUAGAUAAUUUUAUGUAUAUGAACGUGGAUGUGGAUUGUGACAGUGGUGUACAAACGGAAAAUCAACUGUCUCAUAGUCUAGUUAAUCAGGCAUUUGCUGUAGCUAUAGGAAAGAUACUAGAAGGUUACAUAUGUGCUCUCAAUACAGUAUACACAUCUGCAAGAUUAAGGCGUUCAUCAAAUACUGAUGUGCCUUUGCCUGAGUUUGAUGAGGAAGUGUGCCUCAUGAGCGUAGUUCAUUCUAAAGUUACGCUACUGGAGGUUUAUCUGCAUACAAAGGAACUGAGGACUCAGAUUGAAGAGCUUGGAAAUAUAUGCAACCUAUAUAAUAUUUCUCUUUGCUUCUCAGUAUCUUCUCUGGUAGAGUUAACUGCAAAAGCAGCCAUGGAGUUUUCUAACUUCUACAAAGGAGGGGAUCUUCUUAGUUAUCUGUGUAUGCAACUACAGAUUGCUGAUCCAGCUCACUGUGCCCUACUCAAGUUCCUCUUUGUUCGCUCCUAUGAACCAUAUUGUGGAUUUAUUAGAUCAUGGAUAUUUAAGGCAGAAAUUAGUGAUCCAUAUAAAGAGUUUAUAGUAGAAUGUGAUGCAAAUCUACCAACUGAUCUGCACUGUAAAGAUGGCACCCAUUUUAACUUCCCAUUGGCGAAUAUUAGGGAUGGAGUUGCUGUUCCCCUCUUUCUGAAGGACUUUUUAAUUCCAAUUAUCAGGACUGGUCAACAACUUCAAGUACUAAAGAAGCUGCUUGAAUUGUGCAAUUAUGCUGGCUCCGGUGACUACAUUUUUGGGGAUUUUCUUCCUAGUUUCAAUGGAUAUUUAAGUGAUAAUUUGUUUUCUGCAUCUCCAUUGGCUUUCAGCAAAGAACACUUAGAAGCUUUAGUAACUGCAAGAAGCAACUAUUACAGAAGGAUGCAAGACAAACUUGGAAACCUGUUCACAAAGUUGGAGUUUAGACCCCAACAGGUUGUUCCAUGGGGUGCAGUACCAACUAUCUUUGACAAAAGUGGAGGGGGUUUACAGAGUGAAAUUUCCUUCUGUUUGAAUGAUGGAGCCAUUGCCCCUUCAACAGGUGAAAAGUGGGGCUUAAACAUGAGAAUGCUUGAAGCAUUCAACUAUAUCAAUGUUGGGACUCAGGAGAGAAUGAGAACACCACAAAGGGCCGUUGAAAAAAUAGGUUCUAAUAGUACAAGAGAUGAAUUCUAUUGGUUGGAUACAUCUGAGGCAUCUGAUUGUUCAUCUUCAAGUUCUGAAGAGCAAACUGAUUCUGAACAACUGACUGAGUGUCCUGGUAGCUUGCCUGGACUGGAAGAUAGAUAUUUAUCUUCAUUAAGGUUUUCCAUGAAUAGCCCCAUUGAUAAUACGCUGGAAAAGUCUAUUCCUAGUUCGCAUGACAUGGAAAUAAUUUUUCCUGAAAAUUCUCAGAAGAAUUCUGCUUUAGGAGAUGUAUCCUAUCAUGAGAAAAAAGCUCUCAGUCGCAUGCUUGUGCCACUAGAGUUGGGGAACUCAAACAUGUCGUGCAUCUUUAAUACUCAACAAAUAGAUAGGUUAACUGAUGAGCGCUGGCCACUUGCCAUUCCAAGUAAUCCUUUCUAUCAUGAAGGUUAUAGAAAUUACCAGAGGUCAGACCUAUCUAAGUCUGCCCAAAAACUGAACAAAACAGAUAUAGUUUCCAUGAAUGAAUGUCUACCAUGUUUUAACAAAAUGGCUUCUACUCAAAACGUUCCAAUACAAGCCUUGGGUGAUCAUCGACUUGAAAAUGGCUUCCAUAUUUCAGAUUCAUUCACAUUACAGUCAUUUAAGGUUAAUUACCACAACAAUUUUCUCAGUGCAAACCCAAUGCUAAGAAAAAAUGCUUUCUUUCACCAAAUAAACAAACCUGGACAUAAAUUCAGCUUGGCCUAUGGACAACCCCUACCUUACUUUGACUUUUCAACUGUAGAAGAUCCUUGCAAGGUGUCAGCAGAGAAGUUAGCUGCCAGUUUAAGACAAGAAUUUGGGCCUCAAAUUCCUUCCUAUGAUACUGCUGGUAGGAGUUCUGACAAAGAUAAGCAAGACUAUAGUGGAGAUGGUGUCUUGAUUGAUAAUGCCAGAAUAUCUUGUCCUUUCUCACCCUUAGACUUGAAGGAGCAAGACCAAAGAGCUCUUGUUUCAACCAGUGUUUUUGAUGGGAAGACUUGGGAGAGUCUGCUUAAUAGUAUUAGUCAUGCUGAAAGGGAAAGUUCUGGAGAGCAGAAGGAGAAUUUAUCUUCCUUGUUUGAGAUUCCACUUGAUGUCACUGUUGACAAAUGCCUGCUGCAGGAAAUCUUAGUCCAGUACAAGUAUGUCAGUAAGUUAGCUAUCAAGAUGCUCGAAGGUUUCGAUUUGCAUGAACAUUUGCUGGCGCUACGACGGUACUGUUUUAUGGAACUAGCAGAUUGGGCGGAUUUGUUUAUCAUGUCACUUUGGCAUCAUAGAUGGUGUGCUACAGAGGCAGAUCAAAGAAUUUCUGAAAUUCAAGGAUUCCUUGAGUUGUCAGUCCAGAGGUCUUCAUGUGAAAGAGAUCCUAAUAAAGAUCGGUUGUUUGUGUACGUAAAGGAAAAUGCUGUAAUGCCUCUUUCGACAUCUGCAAUUGGAGUCCAUUCCUUUGAUUUCUUGGGUUUGGGUUACCGAGUGGAUUGGCCCGUCAGUAUUGUUUUGACUCCCAGUGCAUUGAAAAUAUAUGCUGAUAUAUUCAAUUUCUUGAUACAAGUGAAGCUUGCUGUUUUUUCUUUGACCGAUAUAUGGUGCUUAUUAAAGAACCUGACGCAUCUCAUUGGUAAAAAUAGUUAUUCUGCAAUACAUGAAAAGGAAGUGGCUCAAUUUAAUAUGUUGGUAAAGAUGAGGCACCGGGUCAAUCAUUUUAUCUCUUCCUUACAACAAUAUGUGCAGUCACAAUUGUCUCAUAUAUCGUGGUGUAGGUUUCUUCACAACCUAAAGUACAAGGUCAAAGAUAUGAUGGAUCUGGAAUCACUGCACAUGGAAUAUCUAUCUGAGUCACUUCACAUAUGUUUUUUAUCUGAUGAAACACGGUCUGUAGCCAGCAUCAUAGAAAGCAUUUUGCAAUGUGCCUUAGACUUCCAUUCUUCUCUUACUGCUAGAAUGUGGGAUGUGGGAAUGGAUCAAAACGACUCUCUGGGUAAACUUUCUAGGAUCAAUAUAUCCCAGGUGCUUGCCAUAAAGCAGAAGUUUGACAAAAAUUUAAAAGAAUUGCAUCUAUGUUAUCUCAAGUCACCUAGGCAUGGAAAGUUUGGGCUUUCUUGUUUUUGGGGAUAUCUCAACUAUAACGAGUACUACUCAUAAAUAGGUAAUGAAAUGAACCCAACUCGUUAUAUAGGUACUGAAAUGAACCUUACGACCUUUAAAUUCAGAGCUGUGCUCUGUGCAAAUCACCGUGACGGAUGGAUUGUCAGCAAUAUGCUUGAAUUAGUGAAUUUGAGUAUGAAAACGGAAGGAUAUUUCCAACCUUUGUUGGUUACCUUCAUUGAAGCACUUCUUAGUGUCUGCUACCUCAGCAUGUGUGGUAUUUGUACCAUGGUCCUUGUCCAUCCAAGCCAGUUAUCCCUUUUGUUUUGAGUGUAUGCAGAGUUAUAACAUCCAUUUUAAAUGUAGUGCUUCACUAUGUUGCAUCGAAACUCCUAGCCAUGGGCAAAAUACUGUUUUCCCGUGUAAAAUUAUAUUUUAAAUGUUGUUUUCGCAUUUUCACAUUUCUUCGUUUCUGUUUCCGUGCAACAUUGGUGCUUCAAAUGAUAAGCACAGAAUUGUUGCUCCUUCCCUCAACCCUUCUCUAGAGUUUCUAUUGCAAUGGCUUUAAUAUAAGGAACUUGUGGUGUUCCUUUGGUUGGGAAAUUGGUAAGGCCUGGCCAUGUUGUGCGGUUAGUGAUAGGAAAUUAGUGUUUAGUUUCCUAGUGAUUGUCUAGAAGAUGCUUUCCAGACAAGAUCAAAUUUAUUUUAUGUAUCAUGAAUACAAGGAAUCAUUAUGGCAGCAAUAAUGAAUUUUUUAUUCUUUGUGAGCA